AUGGGUGGCGUGACGUCCUCGGUGGCCGCCAAGUUCGCAUUCUUCCCGCCCGACCCGCCGUCGUACGGCGUGGUGGACGAGGAGGAGCCGCCGCCGUCGGGUGCGGCUCCGGCGGCGACGGUCACGGUGGUGUCGCAGAGCGAUGCGGCCAAGAUUUCUUCUAGGGUGGCGAUGACGGGGGUCCCGUGGAGGGAAGGGGUGGAGGCGCGUCGGGUCCGGACGCGCCGGGGCUCGGAGAUCAUCGCCAUGUACGUGCGGUGCCCCAAGGCGAGCCUCACCGUGCUCUACUCCCACGGCAACGCCGCCGACCUCGGGAAGAUGUAUGAGCUCUUCAUCGAGUUCAGCGCUCGCCUCCACGUCAACGUCAUGGGGUACGAUUAUUCUGGUUAUGGACGGUCAUCAGGCAAGGCAAGUGAAGCUAAUACCUUUGCUGACAUUGAGGCAGCAUACAAAUGCCUUGUGGAGGUAUAUGGGACUAGGGGAGAAGACAUUGUUCUUUAUGGUCAGUCUGUUGGUAGUGGUCCCACUGUCGAUUUAGCUGCUCAUUUGCAUCAUAUAAGAGCAGUUGUUCUGCAUAGCCCCAUACUGUCUGGCCUGCGUGUCAUGUACUCUUCUGUGAAGAAAACAUACUGGUUUGACAUAUAUAAGAACAUUGAGAAAAUCCCCCGUGUCAAAUGCCCGGUUUUGGUAAUUCAUGGCACAAAUGAUGAUGUCGUCGAUUGUUCCCAUGGAAAGCGUCUAUGGGAGCUUAGCCAACAGAAGUAUGAACCUCUGUGGAUUGAGGGCGGUGAUCACUGUAACUUGGAGACCUUCCCAGUGUACAUAAGGCAUCUGAAGAAGUUUAUGUCGGCUAUAGAAAAGUUGCCUAUAGGAAAAGAAGCACCAGCUAACACUGAGAAGUUGCCAGCUGAAAACGAAACACCUUCCGAUAGAGCUCUUUCUGAGGCUCCUUGGACGACGUCGCAAAGGUUAGAGCCAUCGAGGAAGAGCUCCAGGCAUGAACAGCCUCCUGGUCCGAGCACUGAACAUGUAGAUAAACACCGGCGAAGCACAGGCGUCAGAGAAAAAUCAAGAUCCAGCACAGACAGGAGAGAGAGAUCAAGGAGAAGAAGUGUCGACACAUUUGAGAGGGCGACGAUAGAUGAAAACGAGCAGACAGACAAACCAAGGAAAAGCAUUGACAGGCUUGGCGAGAUGAUUAGAUCCAUGGGGCUGUGCAAUGUCGAUUGCUUCAAAGACCCUCCUCGAAAGACCGAGCCUUCCAUAGGUCAGUCCUAGAUGUAGUUGUAGUAACUUUUGUUUUUUCCUUCCUGCGUCGGAUAUCAGUUAACAGUGGUUUGUGUGCUCUUGGUGACGGGGAUCGUAAAAAAAUCAUGAACAGCAACAGAGAAAUAUAGUGCAGCUCUCUCAAUUUGAGCUUUAUUCUGUCUU